AUCUUCCCGCAUUCAACACUUCAGCAUUUCUCUUUCUUUACUCUCUUAUCAAUUUUCCCCCAUCUUAAAACUAAAGAAAAUUAACAAUGUCCGCUGUUGCUCCUUCUUUUUCCUUGAGUGUGCUCUGUUUUGCUUCAUUGCUCUCCUUUUUGGCUGUGGUGAAUGCAAGAAUCCCUGGAGUUUAUACUGGUGGAGCUUGGGAAAGUGCCCAUGCUACAUUUUAUGGUGGAAGCGAUGCUUCUGGAACAAUGGGCGGUGCAUGUGGGUACGGGAAUCUCUACAGUCAAGGCUAUGGCGUGAAUACAGCAGCUUUAAGCACUGCACUUUUCAACAAUGGCCUUAGCUGCGGUGGUUGCUUUGAGAUUAAGUGCGCAAACGACCCCAGAUGGUGUCACUCCGGCAGCCCUUCCAUUAUUAUCACUGCCACUAACUUUUGCCCUCCUAACUAUGCUCUCCCAAAUGACAAUGGCGGCUGGUGCAACCCUCCACGCCCUCACUUUGACCUUGCCAUGCCUAUGUUCCUCAAAAUCGCCGAGUACCGUGCUGGUAUUGUCCCCGUCUCUUACCGUAGAGUGCCAUGCCGAAAGCAAGGGGGGAUACGAUUCACCAUUAAUGGAUUCCGUUACUUCAACUUGGUUUUGGUCACCAACGUCGCGGGUGCAGGGGAUAUCGUGAAGGUGAAGGUGAAGGGAACCAACACCAAUUGGUUGAGCAUGAGCCGUAACUGGGGUCAAAACUGGCAGUCAAACGCCGUUUUGGUGGGUCAGGCACUCUCGUUCAGAGUCACGGGCAGUGACAGGCGAACCUCCACUUCGUUGAACGUGGCACCUGCUAAUUGGCAAUUCGGCCAAACCUUCACGGGAAAGAAUUUCCGCGUUUGAAUCUCACACUUGCCCCUUUUUAGUAAUAUCUUCACUUAUUAUUUUCCUUUUUUAACCCAGCUCUUCAAAUUUCCUUUAUUUUCCCAGGAAAUUUUGAAGUAGUGGGUAGUUGGGUAAAAGUAAAAAUGGGGGUUGGGGGGUGUUCGGUGGAAUUUACAAAAAAAAAAAUGGUGAUAGAUAGUUUAGCAAAGUGAUUAAAGUGAAGCAUAUGUAGUAACUUUUGUUUUUCACCGUAAUCUUGGGUCGGCGUUUUCCUUUUCUUUUGUUGGUGAUUGAGGUGGUGCUAAUAGUUAGUACAAAGUCCAGCAAGUGGUAAAAUGUUGUUAAGGGGGCUGAAGCGGCUGCAAAUCAAGGCAAAAAAUGUAGCCCGCAGCUCUUGGUCUUAGUCAUUAUAUAUAUAUACUAAUUUUUAUUUUUACUGCUCUAA